AUGCAUUUGCCAUUUGAACACACCGAGAGCUAUAUAUUUCUCCUCGACAUGGCUUCUUUUUGCUUCACCUUUUCUAUCAAACUGUUCAAAACCGAAGAACUUCAUACGAACUUUGUCGCAACCACAACAUUCAAAAACAAGAACACCAACAAGUACAAGCCUCAAGACAAGCAGUCUAAUGUUGUUGCCUCUGCAACACCAAUUUUCAAACCUUUGGUUGAAAUCAACCGCAAGCCAUCUCCUUUCAUUGAAGAAAGGAAAGUUACCACUUUCUUAUCAAUCCUUCCUCCUCCUUCAUUGACGGAAGUGUCGGCGAGGUCAUUACAGUACAAGAGUGGGUUCCUUGGACCAGCUAGGCGAAGGAAGCCGGUGGAUGCAGGGACGAGAGAUGGCAGAGAUGAGGCUCACGGAGCAAUGAGUUACUUGGUUGAGAUAUUAUCAUCUAAGGUUUAUGAUGUUGCUAUAGAGUCGCCAUUAGAGCAUGCUGCAAAGUUGUCUGAGAGGCUUGGUGUCCAACUUUGGCUCAAAAGAGAGGAUUUGCAACCUGUUUUCUCCUUCAAGCUGAGGGGAGCUUAUAGCAUGAUGGCCAAGCUUACUAAGAAACAGUUGGAAAAGGGAGUUGUUUGUUCAUCAGCAGGGAACCAUGCUCAAGGAGUUGCUUUAGCCGCCAAAAAACUAUGUUGUGAUGCAGUCAUUGUCAUGCCUAUGACUACUCCUGAAAUCAAAUGGAAGGCUGUCGAAAGUUUAGGUGCUACAGUUGUUCUCUUUGGGGAAUCCUAUGAUGAAGCACAGACAUAUGCGAAACAGCGAGCCGAAGACGAAGGCAGAAUAUUUGUACAUCCUUUUGAUCAUCCAGAUGUUAUAGCAGGGCAAGGGACUAUUGGGAUGGAGAUUUUGCGUCAAAUGCCAGAUUCAUUGCAUGCAAUAUUUGUCCCUGUUGGUGGUGGUGGGCUCAUAGCAGGAAUCGCAUCCUAUGUCAAGAAAGUUCGCCCUGAUGUCAAGGUUAUCGGGGUCGAGCCAUUUGAUGCAAAUGCUAUGGCACUUUCACUUCAUCAUGGGCAGAGAAUUGUGUUAGAUCAAGUGGGAAGGUUUGCAGAUGGUGUUGCUGUAAAAGCAGUUGGAGAGGAAACUUUUCGAUUGUGCAGAGAAUUGGUUGAUGGUGUGGUUCUUGUAAGCCGUGAUGCUAUAUGUGCAUCAAUAAAGGACAUGUUUGAGGAAAACAGGAGCAUACUUGAACCAGCAGGAGCACUUGCUAUUGCUGGAGCAGAGGCAUACUGCAAAUACUACGGACUAAAGGGUGAAAAUAUUGUGGCAAUAACUAGUGGGGCAAACAUGAACUUUGAUAGACUGAGGUUGGUGUCCCAAUUUGCUGACGUAGGUAGGCGAUGCGAGGCAAUCCUUGUGACAUUUGUGCCAGAGAAGUGUGGAAACUUCAUACAAUUCUGUAAACUGGUUUUUCCGAUGAAUAUCAUCGAGUUCAGAUACAGAUAUGACGCUAAAAAAGAACAAGCUGUCAUUCUUGUUAGCUUUGCUGCCAUUUACGAGCUCCACAAGUUGUUGGAGUGUAUGGAAUCUGCUAAUCUUCAAACUUUGAAUCUCACAGAGAAUGACCUAGUUAAAGACCACCCACAAAUUUUGGUGGGUGGUCGAUCAAAUGUUGAAAAUGAGGUUCUUUGUCGGUUUAUCGUUCCAGAGAGGCCGGGUGCUAUAUUGAAAUUCCUGGAGGUCUUGAGUCUCCAUUGGAAUAUUACGUUGAUACAUUACCGUGGUCAGGGUGAAAGCAGCGCAAAUGUACUGGUGGGAUUCCAGGUUGCUUACUCUCAGAUGGAUGAGUUCAAGGCAAUGGCAGAUAGUCUAGGGUAUAAUUACAAACUCGAGACAGACAAUGAGACCAAUGUAAUUUUGGAGUGCAAUAAUGUAUUCAUGCAAUUCACAAUUGGGUUUAAUUGCAUGGCGCGUGCUAUUCUCUCAAAGGGUGGGGAUGAUGCACUGCAUGCAUUCAUGUGGUUGCCAUUCACUAUAUUUCUAUAG